AUGUCUAGAAGGAGAGAGAAUCCCGAGGUUGCACAACUUGUAUCUAAACAACUAUUAGCGGCAGUCCCAAAUAUUGUCAGUCAAGUAGCAGCAGAUUUGAAUGCUAACCAACCAACCAAUUCAAGGCCUAGAACACCUAGAGAACGCACCUACAAAUCCUUUAGAUCCUGCAACCCAAAGGAAUUCCAUGAAACCGAGGGAGCAGUAGGAUUAUUGACAUGGAUCGAAGGUAUGGAAUCAUUCCUUCACAUCAGUAGAUGCACCAAAGCAAAUAAGGUAGAAUACGCUGCAUGUUUAUUGCAAGGCCGAGCACUUACAUGGUGGAACACUCUAGUACAAACUAGGGGACGGGAAGCGGCUAACCAACUUUCGUGGGAGGAGUUCAAGAAACUACUCAAGGAUGAAUACUGUCCGAGGAGUGAACUGCAAAAGUUAGAAAUGGAAUUGUGGAACCACGAGAUGAAGGGGAAGAACAUAGAUACUUAUACUGCUCGAUUCCAUGAAUUAGCAAAAUUAGUGCCACAUCUUGUGACACCCAAAGAAGUUCGAGUCGAGAUAUACAUUUGGGGUUUGUCUUCGGAAAUUCAUGGAAAUAUCACCUCGGCAAACCCGACGACCCUUCAAGAGGCGAUAAACAUAGCAACCAAGCUUAUCAAUAAUGCUGUUCGGUCAGGAGAAUUCGCCAAGGGAAAGAGAAAGGUAGAAAGACAUGAGAACCAACGAUCUGGAGGAAGAUUUGCCAAGAAUCGGAAGGUAGUAGGAAAUUUUGGGGUUCAGACGCAGGUGGUAGGCCAAGGAAAUAAACCUAAGUGCAUCAAAUCAUUAUUUGAUUCGGGAGCAGAUAAAAGUUUUGUAUCUUUAGAUUUUAAGCCGAAAAUUGACUUAAAGCCUCAAAAGUUGGAAGUGGUCUGCGUAAUAGAAUUUGCCAAUGGUCAGGAAGUUAGGGCUAGAGACGUAAUCUUGGACUACGCUCUAAGUUUAACCAAAAAGGAUUUUACCAUAGACCUUAUUCCGAUCGAGCUCGGAAGUUUUGAUAUAGUUGUAAGCAUGGAUUGGCUAUCUAAAAAUGAAGCUGCAAUAGGUUGUUCGAAAAAGAUUAUCCGAAUUCCACAAGAAGGAGGUGAAACACUCAUAGUUCAAGGAGAUAAGUCCAACCGGAAGAUUAAGAUAGUAUAA